AUGCACAAGAACAGAUCAAGAGAGCUGAAUGUGACCCUUUCCACCUUUCCAUAUAUCUUCCAUGUGCAGUGGGAGACAACCGACAAGGAAACAACACAACUGCAGAUUGGAAGGACCUGUAGCAUUUCUGAGCAUGACUGAAAAAUAUCUGGACUGUUUUGUGGGGGGGAUAACUUUUCUAAGUUAUUUCUAUUUCCAGGUUUCAAUGUAUUUAGGCUACUGAGCGGAUCAGCAGUAGCCCUGGUAAUAGCUCCUACUGUGUUACUGACAAUGCUUUCGUCUGCUGAGCGAGGAUGCCCUAAGGGCUGUAGGUGUGAAGGCAAAAUGGUAUAUUGUGAGUCCCAGAAAUUACAAGAGAUACCCUCAAGCAUAUCAGCUGGUUGUUUAGGUUUGUCCUUGCGAUAUAACAGCCUUCAAAAACUAAAAUACAACCAAUUUAAAGGUCUUAAUCAACUUACCUGGCUCUACUUAGACCACAACCAUAUCGGCAAUAUUGAUGAAAACGCUUUCAAUGGAAUACGCAGGCUUAAAGAGUUAAUUCUGAGUUCCAACAGAAUUGCCUUUUUUCUUAAUAAUACCUUCAGACCGGUAACAAACCUCCGAAAUUUGGAUCUCUCCUAUAAUCAGCUGCAUUCCCUGGGAGCAGAACAAUUCAGAGGCUUAAGGAAGCUGCUGAGUUUGCACCUGAGGUCCAAUUCCCUAAGAACAAUCCCAGUCCGGAUUUUCCAGGACUGCAGGAACCUGGAACUCUUAGACCUGGGUUACAACAGGAUCCGAAGCUUAGCAAGGAAUGUCUUUGCUGGCAUGAUCAGGCUGAAAGAGCUUCACCUGGAGCACAAUCAAUUUUCUAAGCUUAACUUGGCACUUUUUCCAAGGCUGGUCAGCCUACAGAACCUUUAUUUACAGUGGAAUAAAAUUAGUGUUAUAGGACAAACCAUGUCUUGGACCUGGAGCUCAUUACAAAGACUUGAUUUAUCGGGAAAUGAAAUAGAAGCUUUCAGUGGACCAAGCGUUUUCCAGUGUGUGCCCAAUUUACAGCGCCUCAACCUGGAUUCCAACAAGCUCACAUUUAUUGGCCAAGAGAUUCUGGAUUCCUGGAUAUCUCUGAAUGACAUCAGCCUUGCUGGGAAUAUAUGGGAAUGCAGCAGAAAUAUUUGUUCCCUGGUAAACUGGCUUAAAAGUUUCAAAGGGCUGAGGGAAAAUGCAAUUAUCUGUGCCAGCCCCAAAGAGCUGCAAGGGGUGAAUGUUAUUGAUGCAGUGAAAAAUUACAGCAUCUGUGGCAAAAGUACCACGGAGAGGUUUGAAGUGCCACAGGCGCUCCCAAAGCCAACCUUUAAACCAAAGGUCACCCGGCCUAAGCAUGACAGCAAGCCCCCUCUGCCCCCGACCACGGGGGCCCCAGAGGCCAGCUCAGUGCCUGAGCACAGCACUGAACGGAUCUCCUUCCAUAAAAUCAUCGCUGGGAGCGUGGCCCUGUUCUUGUCGGUGCUUGUGAUUCUGCUGGUCAUCUACGUGUCAUGGAAGCGCUACCCUGCCAGCAUGAAGCAGUUGCAACAACGCUCUCUAAUGCGACGGCACCGGAAAAAGAAACGACAGUCACUGAAACAGAUGACCCCAACCACCCAGGAAUUUUACGUGGACUAUAAGCCCACCAACAGCGAGACCAGUGAGAUGCUGCUGAAUGGAACGGGACCUUGUACGUAUAGCAAGGCAGGCUCCAGGGAAUGCGAGAUACCUUUAUCUAUGAAUAUGUCUACAUUUCUCGCAUACGAUCAGCCUACAAUAAGUUACUGUGGUGUACAUCAUGAACUUCUUGGUCACAAGUCCUAUGACUCAAAUGCACAGGAAGAAACAAUGGAGACACAAUUAGAGACUGACCUGGAUCUGAGCACAAUCACAAGAGCAGCACGAAAGACUUAA